AUGGCGUCUAUCUUGCGACAAAUUGUCGCGGGGCCACGUGCUCGCCAUCCUGAAGCUGGUUUGGAUCUUUGCUAUGUUACGGAUCACAUUAUCGCAACAUCUGGACCUUCAGAAACAUACCCCCAACUGGCAUACCGAAACCCUCUCGAUCAAGUCGUCAAAUUUCUCGAUAGCAAACAUGGUGAAGAUUGGGCGAUCUGGGAGUUUCGAGCAGAGGGAACAGGUUACCCCGAUGAAUCCGUGUACGGUCGAGUGAGGCAUUACCCAUGGCCUGAUCAUCACCCUCCGCCAUUCCGACUCGUCCCAAUGAUCAUGGCUAGCAUGCGCAACUGGCUACACGGCGGCGAAUUAGAUGGUGGAAGAGUCGCAAGCGAUGGAAGACCCAUGUCUGCAAACAAGGAUACUCUCACUCAAGAACAAAAGGAUGAAAAGCGCAAGAAGAGAGUGGUUGUGGUACACUGCAAAGCCGGCAAGGGACGCAGUGGUACAGUGAGCUGCAGUUAUCUCAUCGCAGAAGAAGGAUGGAAGCCUGAGGAUGCUCUUGCAAGAUUCACCGAACGACGUAUGCGCCCAAAGUUUGGUGCCGGCGUAUCGAUUCCCUCGCAGCUUCGAUGGAUCAGCUAUGUCGAACGCUGGACUCGAGGCAACAAGAAAUACACCGAUCGACCUAUCGAAAUCGCCGAGAUCCACGUCUGGGGCUUGCGACACGGUGUCAAAGUAGACAUUGAGGGAUUCACGGACGAAGGAAAAAAAAUUGACGUCUUUCACACGUUUAAGAAGGAGGAGCGCGUGGUUGUCGACCCCAAAGCACCAGAGGAAAGCGGUAUUAGCGACAUGAUCUGGGAAAUGGCAGGAUAUCCCGCUGCCAAGGCAAACCAGCAAGCGCCAGAAGAAGCACACUUUUCCGAUGCAACGAACCCUGGAGACGAGCCGGCUGUCGAAGACAAGGGCAAGAAACAUGCUCUCAAGAGGAAAGGGACAGAGAUUUUGCACAAGGUGUCGACCAAAGGCGCAAAGCCCAAAAACGAUUCUGCUACAUCUUCAAAGACGGAUGUCACAGAUAAUUCCGAGGAAGAGCCUGGUGGUAUGGCAGUCAUUUUGAGGCCAAAAGAACCAGUUCGCAUUCCAAACAGCGAUGUCAAUAUCUCGGUCGAGCGUCGCAACAAGACUCCCAAGAGUAUGGGCCUCACUAUGGUUACGGCUGUUGCGCACGUUUGGUUCAACACUUUCUUUGAGGGCGAGGGACCUGAAAGAGACGGUAAAGCUCUCGAUAGUGGUGUCUUUAGCAUUGAAUGGGAUGCCAUGGACGGAAUCAAGGGGUCUAGCCGCAAGGGUUCUCGAGCUUUUGAUCGUAUCGCUGUGGUGUGGCGUGUAGCAGGUACCGAUGCAUUGCCUGAAGAAGUGGUCGAGCCAGCAGAGGGACAACCAGUACCUCAAGUUCGACCAGCAGAUUGGAAGGGUGCGAAUACGGAAGAUCCCGAUAACCAGAAGGAUUUGGGUCUCCGAGUGCAAAGUCCUGCCAGUGCGGAUGUGAGCAAAGCUAGUAGCAUGGCGGAAGACCCUGGUGAGACUAAGCAGAAUGAUGGGGAGCUUGAAGGUGUGAGGUCUAGUGGACCGACAGGAGAGGAUUUGCACAUUGGAGAUCACGGAGAGGUCAAAGAGAAUGAGAAGAAGUAG